AUGGCGCCGGCGAAGCGCAAGCGACCCCACGACGAGCCCGAACCUCCCAUCCCGGCUGCCGCUGCCGUCGCCGCCGUCGCCGCCGGCGCAACAACCGCCGAUCCGACGACGACGCGUCGCGCAACGCGUCAAACUCCGAUUCUGCCCCCUCCGAUCCCGACCUCCGCCACCGCAUCGCACCCGCAACCCUUGCACCCCUCCACUGCCGCCGCCGGUGCCGCUGAAGACAAGCGUAUCAGUGGACGUCGUCCUUCCAAUUCUAAGCCGUACCCCGCAUCCAAGAUCUCCGAGACGCCCAUACCGAUACCGAUACCGCCAAUAUCGUCAUCAGCAUCACAUCUACCACAGCAGCAGCAGCAGCAGCAGCUACCUAUACCACGAGCGGUCGGUCAACCCGCAACACCUACACCACAGGAACCCCGCGUAACCCGUCAACGACGUGAGAGCGCAAACGCAAACGACUCAUCGUCGCCCAAAAUGGCAUUCAAAGACGCAAAAGAAAACGUCAGACCCGUGACGCUCGUCGCGCCAAAGAUCACGUACCAAGCACCCCAGACACAAGUUCACCGCAAUCGCACCGGAGGCAGCCUCGUCCGUCCGAGCCCUCCCACAAGCCAGCCGCCCAUAACGCAGCACUUCCGGCCAAUCUCCUCGACGACAACUACAACAACGACAACGACGACGACGCGACCUUCCUAUCACCACACCAUUCCUGCUACCGUUACCGCCGUCCCUGUGCCCGUACACCCGACAUCGACAUCAACACCCUCCAAGCCGCCAGCGGCGGCGGCCCCGCCUCCACCACCUGUCCCUCCCCAGAGGACAGCAGAUAAGUCCGCCCCACGGACCGAUCGAAACAUCGACAAGGUGAUGCUCGGCAACAUCUGUUUCCGGGCGUGGUACCCAUCCUACUACGGCAAAGAAGUCCUCGGCGAGGCCGCGGGUGCAAAAACGGGCGGCGGCGGGAGCAAAAACCCCCUUGCACACGACGCUGCCAGCGCAAACAACAGCAGCAACAGCAACGGCGGCGCCAAGAACCAGCACCGAAAGGGCGGCGACGCGCCCAUGCUCGACAGGUUAUACGUGUGUCCUAUGUGCUUCAAGUACUCCAAGGAGCUCGUGGCGUGGUGGGGCCACGUCCGCAUGUGCGAGCGCAACGGGGUAGUGCCGGGACGGAAGGUCUACCGGCACCCACGGGGUCGGAGGCUGGUGCGCAAGGAAAUUGCGCGGACGACGGGGAAGAAGACGAAUGUUGCGCCGAAAUAUACCGAAGAGUAUGUUACUGAUGAGGGGGAGUGGAGUGUAUGGGAAGUUGAUGGCGAGCAGGAUGUGCUCUUCUGCCAGAAUCUUUCCCUAUUCGCAAAACUCUUCCUCGACAACAAGUCCGUCUUCUUCGACGUCCGCGGCUUCAACUACUUCCUCCUAGUCUACACACCCCCGGCCCCCAAACCACACCCUUCCUCCCAACAAGACUCGACGGCAACAGCGACAGCAUCAGCGCAGCCGCCACAACCGCCCCCGUCACCACCACCACGUCCACACAUUGUCGGCUUCUUCUCAAAAGAGAAAAUGUCGUGGGACAACAACAACCUAGCCUGUAUCCUCGUCUUCCCGCCCUGGCAGAAAAAGGGGCUCGGCGCACUGCUCAUGGGCGUGUCGUACGAGAUCUCGCGGCGCGAGGGCGUGCUGGGCGGGCCGGAGAAACCUAUUUCGGAACUAGGGAGGAAGGGGUAUAAGCGGUUUUGGGGCGGGGAGAUCGCGAGGUGGGUGUUGGGGUGUCCGAGUAACGGUCGAGUAGCAGGUGACGCGGAUCCGGCGUUGUUGGUUGACCUCGAGGACUGCAGCCGGGCGACGUGGAUCGCGUUGGAUGAUUGUCUUGCGACGUUACGGGAGAUGGGUGUUGUCGUGGAGGCUGGACUGGGGCCUGGGAAGCCGCCGGCUAAGAAGAAGAAGGUGAAGAAAAUAGCUGGGGAGGGCGAUGCUGACGAGGAGGCGGUGGAAGAAGAGGAAGAAGAGGAAGAAGAGGAUGAGGAUGUUGAGAUGGAGGACGCGGGUGCUGGGCCGCGACCUGAUGUACCAAGGGUGAAGGUUAAUAAGGCGUUUGUGUGGGAGUGGGUUGCUGCGAAUGGAAUUAGUCUCGAGAGGAUAUGUGAUCCGGAGGGGUUUGUGGAGGGGUAUGCUAUUAAACAGCCGGAUGUCGAGGAGGAGGAUGACUGA